GAUCAUAAGUUGCAGCGGGCUGAACGUCAUAAUAUUACAAUGAGAAAACAAGGCAUAUCGUGUAAAGUAAUAACCACGUACUAAAGUUAUAAUUUGGCCAAAUGCUUUCUUAGCAAUGACACUGCCAAUAAACCAUUUUAAACGGCACUAUAGAUUCCGUUGAGAUAUCUUUAAGAACCGACACGGAACAAUAAUGAAUUCCUUUAUAGAACUGGUUACAGAAUAUUCUUAACAUUGACAGAAGAACGAAGAAACAAUUUAUAAAUUCUUCGUUGAAUGGAGUUUCAUAAUAUAAGAAAAUACAUCUAUAAAAUCUUUAUGGCCUAAUGUAUUAUAGAUUGAAAGAGUUCUUAUUAUAAACUUUUAAUAUUUUGUAUUAAACCAAACAUAUAAAAAUGAACAGAAUAGAAAGCAGUUCAGAUAAUGGAAGUGGUUGGCAUGAAUGUGUUAAAUGGUUAACAAGAUGUGGAGCUUUAAGAGCAGAUCAUAAAGCAAAUUGGCCAGAGGCUACUGCAGUGGAUUUAGCAUAUACAUUAAGAGAUGGUGUGCUGCUAUGUAAUCUUUUAAAUACAGUGGAUCCCGGUUGUAUAGAUAUGAAAGAUGUAAACCAAAAACCACAGAUGGCACAAUUUUUAUGUCUAAGAAAUAUAAAAGUAUUUUUAUCAGCAUGUUCAACUAUAUUUGGAUUAACUGAUUCUGAACUUUUUGAACCUUCUAUGUUAUUUGAUCUGUCAGAUUUUCUUCGUGUAUUACGUACUUUAUCAGCUUUAUCAAAUUGUUCUCGUUUAAGACGCAAGGGUAUACUUGGAUUUUCUAUAAGUCAUGGUAGAUCACAAGAAGAUAUUUAUAAAGAUUUACAAAGUGCUGGUGCAGGCCGUGAAGAUGAAGAUCGUCGUAGGAGAUUUAGAAGGCGAGAGGGAAAUGAAGCAGGUGGAGGAGGCGACAAUGAAGAUCCCGUUGAAGAAGAAGAUGGAUAUGGAGCAUACUGCAGCCAUGCUCAAAGUGAAGAAAUCUACCAGGACCUUUGUAGUCUACAUUUGCCACCUCCUCCAUCUGUUGCACAGGAUGGAGCAAUUUCUGGAGGUGAAAAAAGGGAUUAUGUAAUUCAAGAACUUGUUGAGACAGAACGCAAUUAUUCGGAUGUUCUUAAUAGUUUACUUAAACAUUUUGCUAGACCUCUUUCUUCAUUACUGCGACCUGAAGAUUCUACACGUAUUUUUUUUGGCAUAAAAGAACUCGCAGAAAUUCAUGCCGGUUUUCAUAGUCAACUUCGAAAAGCAAGGACCGGUGCUGCUUUAGCGCAAGUUUUUCUCGAUUGGCGAGAAAAAUUUCUUAUUUAUGGCGAUUAUUGUGCAAAUCUUACUCUUGCUCAAAACACAUUGCAAGAAGCAUGUGCGCGUAAUGAAUUAGUUAACCAAGAAGUUAUUAGAUGUCAACAAGAAGCAAAUAAUGGGAAAUUCAAAUUGCGGGAUAUUUUAUCUGUUCCAAUGCAAAGAGUAUUAAAAUAUCACUUAUUGCUUGAUAAAUUAGUAGAAGAAACUCCUUGUGAUUGGUUGGAAGAUAGACGUCAACUUGCAAAAGCUAGAGAAGUAAUGGUUGACAUAGCACAAUAUAUCAAUGAGGUAAAACGUGAUUCAGACACGUUGGACAUUAUAAGAGAUAUUCAAGCAUCGAUAAUUGAUUGGGAUGUACCAGAAGAUACGCAAUUAAAAGACUUUGGACGAUUACUUAGGGAUGGAGAACUCAAGGUAAAAGCUCAUGGUGAUCAACGAUUAAAAGCGCGUUAUGUAUUUGUUUUCGAACAAGUAGUAUUAAUUUGUAAAGCAGGCAGAGGAGAACAAUAUUGUUAUCGUGAAACCUUACGUCUUGAUGAUUAUCGAUUAGAAGAUCACACAGGAAGGCGAACUCUUGGCAGAGAUUCUCGAUGGUCCUAUCAAUGGCUGCUGGUCCAUAAACAAGAAUAUACUGCAUAUACUUUGCAUGCAAGAACCGAAGAACAAAAACAAAUGUGGAUGAAAGCAUUACAAGAUGCAAUGGAUAAUGUUAAUCCUGCCGCGUGUCGCAAUACAAAUCAUAAGUUUAAGCUUACAACAUUUAACACUCCACGUAGUUGUCAAAGAUGUGGCAAAUUUUUAAAGGGCCGAAUUUUUCAGGGAUAUCGAUGUGAAGCCUGUUGUUAUGCUGUACACAAACAAUGCAUUGCACAUUCAGGUCGGUGUAUGCCAAUACCGCCUCCGCCUCCACCUCCACCAUCCUUAUCAUGUGAACGUGCUCUUUCUGUGAAAUUAUGGUUUGUAGGAGAAAUGGGACGUGAUACAGCAUCAAAUAAAUUAGAACCUCGUGAAGAUGGUACCUAUAUGUUGCGAGUACGGCCUGCAGGACAACCUCGUUUGAAGCAUGAAACUAAUUACGCUCUAAGUAUCAAGGCAGAUGGAGCGGUAAAACACAUAAGAGUAUUUAAACGCGAUGUCGAUGGUGCUGAUGUUUAUUAUCUCAGUGAAUCUCGUUUCUUCAAAAGUGUAGUUGAACUUGUUGAAUAUUACGAACGGGCAUCGUUAUCAGAAAAUUUUGAAAAAUUAGAUCAACGUUUAUUAUGGCCAUAUAGACGUGUCUUGGCUAAAGCAUUAUUUGAUUUUCGAGGAGGCGAACGCAAUCAAUUAAGUCUACGACGAGGUUGCAGAGUUGUGGUAUUGAGUAAAGAAGGUGAUGCCAAAGGUUGGUGGAAAGGAAAAAUUGGAGAUCAAGUAGGAUUCUUCCCAAAAGAAUAUGUUGAAGAAGAAUAACCAUAUAUUAUUUAGAUAUUUCUUUCAUGUGAUAGCACAGUGAUCAAGAAUAUUUUAUAUUAUUUGCAUCAUUAUGCAAUCAUAA